CCCUUGGCGUCCUGGUUAGAAGGGGUUUUAGAAAGAGUCUGGAGCGCCUGUUGAGUCUCACAGCAGGCUGGGGAGGUGCCCGGUGCCCAGCCCGUGCUGGGAUGGGAUGGGAUGCGAUGGGAUGCGGGCUGGGGAGGUGCCCGGUGCCCAGCCCGUGCUGGGAUGGGAUGGGAUGCGAUGGGAUGCGAUGGGAUGCGAGCUGGGGAUGGUACCGGGCUGCAGCAGCACCCCGUGCCGCCGGGAGCCGGCUGCGGGCCGUGGCGGGGAGCUGCCGCUGUGGCGAGCGGCUGCUGCCACCGGCUGGUCCCUGCCCUGCACUGCGGCUGCCGGAGCCGCCGCUGCCGUUCCGUCCUCCUCCAGCGGCCUCUGCCCCGUCCCUGCCCACAUCCCUCUGCCAGCGCCGCUUCCGAACUGCGAUUCGCAGCUGAGAGCCAAGGGGAGCGCAGAACCCAGAGAGAAAAACAUCUUUAAUUCAGACUUUGCACGUUUUCCUGCUGGAAUAUUUAUAACACCUCUCUCCCUCUCCUUUGUGUGUUCGUGCAGGUGCUGUUUCCCACAGGAUUUUUGGGGCAGAGCCAUUCCUGACACUGAGAUCUGGAUCCAAACGGGGCUUGUGGGCUGCAGCUCUUUUGAAGGCUUUGCUCUGUCACAAGGUGUGCUGCGUCGUGACAGGAACAGGCUUUUUAAAGCUGUUUGCUUUGAGCUCUCUUGGCACAUUCAGGCGAGGCUUUUUCUCUGCUUUUUGAAAAAAACUAUAUUUAAAGUGCCGGGACAGUUUUUGCCGCUGUGCUUUAAUAGGAUUUGCAGCUGUGAAUGUGCUUUAAAAGAGUGUACAGCUGGGUUGAAGUGUCCCCUUGCUUAAAAUAACGUCACAGCUUCGUGAUGCAGGAGAACGUGCCUCCCACCAGUUGCUUUGUGAGUGCUGGGGAGCACAAGGGGAAUAGGAGCAACCCCAAAAGUUUUACCUGUGGUUAAAUAGGAAGCAUAACCCUGUGGUUGGGGAUUGGAGCUGUCAACGAGCCGCUCUGGAUCUUGGUUUUUGCCUUGCUGAUGAUUUGCUCUCUGCCCUCUCGUGCAGUUUCCCUGGCAGGGUUUUUUCUCCACAGUGGCACUAGGGAAAUGUCAGUGAUUUUAGGCUGUGGAAGGAUGGAUUUGGGGAUCUCUGUGUGUUGCAGAUGCUGGAGCAGACAGAAGGCAGGAUGUGGUGUCACUGGCAGCCAGCGAGAGCUGUGGGCUGUGUGUUUCUCUAACUGAAAAGCAGUUGGUGGCCGGGGAACCAACGGAAGAAAAGUUUUAUCUUAAAGAGCUGCACAGCAGAUCCUGCCUGCCUCCCGUGGCUCGGGGCCAGGGGAUCAGAGCUGGGCCCCCACGGCACCCAGGACAUGCAGGCACUGAACUGGGGAGGCUGCACAAGGAGGCUGAAAUCCCUCAGGGGAGGUUUGCAGGGAGGAGGUGGACGGGUGGAUUCAGAACGUGCAGGUGGCAGGAGCUUUGCCAAAAUACUGGAAAAUUGCAGGUGGUGGCACAGAGUUUGUGUCCUGCUGGUGCUGCCUGUGCUGGGGGAAGCUGCGUGCCUGAGUUCCACCCUGCUCUGGCAGAGCUGGUGCCAUGGAGCCAGCUGAGUAAAUCCAUUCCUGGCUUCCCAGGGGCAAACACGGAGCAGGAGAGAGGAGGGAGCUCCUGGCAGCCCCACUCAGCAACUGCUUACACGGGGGUUACGCUCAGAGUCCACAGGAAUCCUGUCUCCAUUCCAAGAAAAAGAGGCUUAGAUCCCAUUCAGGGCAUUGGCACUGGGUGUGCGUGAGGAUGCUUGGCUCCAGCUGCUGCAGCUCCUGCUGAGGCAGCCGAGCAGCCUGUCUGCUCCAGGGAUUUACCCUGGCCCGGGAGGAGCGGGCUCAGAGAACACGCCAGAGCCUCUCUCCCUCAGUGGCUUGGCCAAGGUUAACAAGUCAGGGAUUUUUUUUUUUAGUAGGAACAAUAUCAAAGAGGUCUCUGCAUCAUCUCCCAGAUCCGUGAGCUCUUCCAUAAGCGACUUUCUUGUUCACAGAGACUUGCACCUUUCUAGUGCCUGACAGCAAAUAAAGGCACAAAAUUCACCAAUGAGGCUGAAGCCAGAAAUCCCUUUCUCUGUCCUCUGUGCUUACCCACCCAGGUUUCCCAAACUGGAAGGAGAAUUCCCCUGGCACCGGUGACCUCCUGAGGCAGUUCCUGGGUGUGGGAUGGAGCUGUGGAGCCGGGCAGACCCCCAGCUCCGAGAGGUCGUGUGGUUCUCCCUGCGCUGCCGGGCCCUGGCGCUGCUGCUGCAGGCCGUGUUUAACCUGCUGAUCCCGGACCACGCUGCCGAUGCCUUCUCCCCGCCGCGGCCGGGCCCGCGGAGCUGCUGGGACGUGCUGGUGGAGCGGCUGCUGGGCGGGCUGGGCCGCUGGGACGCCGAGCAUUUCCUCUUCAUCGCCGAGCGCGGCUACCUGCUGGAGCACAACUGCGCCUUCCUGCCGCUCUUCCCGCUGGGGCUGCGGCUGCUGGCCGCGCUGCUGCCGUGGCCGGAGCAGCUGCAGCCCCGCGGCCGGCUGCUGCUGGCGGCCGCGCUGCUGAACGCGCUGCUGGCGGCUCUGGCGGCCGCGGCCCUGCUGGUCCUGGGCCGGGCGGUGCUGCGCCGGCCGCGCCAGGCCUUCCUGGCCGCGCUGCUCUUCUCCGUCAGCCCGGCCGGCGUGUUCCUGGCCGCGGCCUACUCGGAGAGCGCCUUCGCGCUGCUGGCCUUCGGCGCCAUGUGGCAGCUGGAGAAGGGGCGCAGCGGGCUCAGCGGGCUGCUCUUCGCCCUGGCCGCCGGGGCGCGGGCCAACGGGCUGGUCAACGCCGGCUUCUUGCUCUACUGGCGCGCCAGGCGCUCGGCGCUGCAGCUGCAGGGGCGAGCGGCGUCCCCGAGGAGGCCGUGCCAGGCGUGGAGGCAGGCCCUCGGCCUGGCGUCCUCAGCAGCGCUGAUGUGCGCCGGGGUCUCCCUGCCUUUUGCCUUGUUUCAGUACUAUGCCUACCUGAGGUUCUGCGAGCCCGGCGCGGCUCCGGGCCAGCCCGUUCCCGAGCCGCUGCUGCAGAUGGCGCGGGACAAGGGCUAUCGUGUGGCGGGCGUGGGUGCGGAUAAACCCCCCUGGUGCUCCCAGCGCUUCCCUCUGGUCUAUUCCUAUAUCCAGGACGCUUACUGGAACGUGGGCUUUCUGAGGUACUUUGAGCUCAGACAGAUCCCAAAUUUCCUGCUUGCUCUGCCCGUCACCCUUCUGUGCUCAUGGGCUGCCUGGACCUACGCCAGCACAAACCCCCGGCACUGCCUGACUCUUGGUCUAGAGAGGAGCAAGAGUGAAGAGAGGGGAAAGGCGAGGGAUGGAUUUUGUGGCCCUGCUGUCUUCGUGUACGUGGUCCACAGCACGGCCCUGCUGGCGUUCGGGUUCUUCUGCAUGCACGUGCAGGUGCUGACCCGGUUCCUUGGCUCCUCCUCUCCCAUCCUGUACUGGUUCUCAGCUCACCUGCUUUUGGAACACGAACCUUUACUCUGGAGCACAGGGACUGAUAAUCCAACCUCUGGGAAGCGUCCUCUGGGUGGAUCUCACAGUUCCUGUGGGAAAGGGACCUCGGACAACCCCGUUGUGCGGCUGCUGCUGAACUGGCGAUCGAUUACCCCCCUCAGCAAGAGCAUCCUGGGCUUCUUCCUGGGCUACUGGCUGCUGGGGCUGAUCCUGCACUGCAACUUCCUCCCGUGGACGUAGCGGGCUGUGCUGGCACAGGAGCUCUGCUCAGAACUGAAUCCCAGCUGCUCUGAAAGCCCGAGGUGGCUGUAGUGUCGCUGUCGUUGCAGUCACAAAGGUGUUACUCCUCCGUUGCCACGUCCCAGGCGGGAUGUUCUCCGUGGUGUGAUGCUGCAGCAUCCUGCCCCGCUCAGCUGGCAUUGCUGACAGCCAAAAUGCCCAUCACCAGCCUGGGAUGGGGAAUGCACCUGGGUUCCUGCGUCUCCUGGGGGAGGUUACGGCGGGCACGGAUUUGUGGCAGGGUGCUGUGAUGGGUUGGGGGAUUCGCUGGGAUGUGUGGUGGGCACGGCAGGAGGGCAGGGGGGCUCCAGCUGCCCUGAGCUGCUCACACUGCUCCGGUUCUUUUUCCAUGGUGCCGGUUCCGAGCCAGGCGGGGCAGGGGGCACGGCGGGAGCGGCAGCGCUGCGCGGGCACACGCACGGCCCCAAUAAACACGUGAAAGUUACCGGAGAGGCGGCUCAGCCCCGGCCUGGGCUCGGGGCAGGGGUCGGGGUCCCG